AUGCCAUCCAAUUUGCAACUCACCGAGGACGAGAAAGGCACACUCAAGUACAUCAAACAAACGUUAAAAUCGGAGGUCGAUCAUUUCUUUCGCAAGGUGUCCUUCAAGGAUGACGAGCACUGUCUACUCCCCGAUAGUCACAUACCCCGGUACAAUGAAGAGAAGAAGCAUGUCGGCUGCCUUUAUUACCUGUGCACAAGCGCUCGUCCGCCGCCUGGCUCAGGUCUGCUGGGGGAUGUUUGGAUAAUCACUCAGCCAGGAGCAGAGUCUGUGCACUUUCGCGACAAGUCUGGUUGGGUUAAAUGGCAACAUAACAACCACGCCAUGGACAUGGCACAUCCCCUUUUCAGAGACAGGCGUUUAUGCCUCGGAACGAGAGGCCUAACAUGGGUCACGCUCGGCAGCGUCCAGUCUGUCCGCCAACGAUGGGUGGAAUACAGGAACGUGAGGAUGAGCGACUACCAGAAUCUCCCGAUCCCCGAUAUAGUAAAGGAUGUCGUGAGGCUCAAAUCAGCAUCGUUGAGUUCACUUCCCGGUGUCAAAGCCCGUCCUAUAGACGACAGCACGCGAUUGAGCCCUCAAGGACAGCGACUUGAAACGCAAUCUUCUCUGAAAGCAGCGCACACCCCAUCAGGCCGUACAUCGUCAUCACUUGAAGUGCCGAAACCCGUCAUUGAACGUGCCUCGCCAACAAUAGCAGCCGAUACUAAUGGUGCAAUCCCUUCUGCAGCGCGAAGAAGCCUUGUGCCGCCAUCUCGAGGGUCCGGUUCGCCCAAGCCUCCGGUCGCGAAAACGGCACGCAAGCCAGUACUCGACUCCGCCCCCGCCAAGAACAUGAUUGGUCCCCCCAUCACCCCGCGCGGUUUAACGACUGCAGGCACCCUUCCCAAUUUCAAGCUCAAGGCCGCGGGCAGUGCGGUGUCCACGCCUGCGUCGUCGCGACCUACAACUCCCCAGGAUACGCUCUCUCAACCAGCAUCGCCCACUAUCCACGGUCUUUCGAACAUGUUUUCGAACAUGAUGCCGCGCGCAGGAUCGAGUAAUGCUUCUUUGACGACGAAUAUCCAGCCAUUAUGUCUCCCUCCUUUCUACGCGUCAGGGUCAGAGCCUGCACGGCAUGAGCAAGCUCGGAUCCGACACCCGAUACCAAGCUCGCACAUUGUUCGCAACCCGCCACAGACAUCUGCAUCGCAAUCACAGUCGGGUUCAACCGAUUCGCGCAAGCGAGCAGCGUUCAUAAAAGAUGAAGGCCAGAGCAUGACAUCGCUGUCCCUUAGGGCGGAUGCUUCGUCGGAGCGACCAGCAAAGCGUCUAAAGACAAAUGGCCCCGCGCCUGUCUCCCCGUCACAAUCAGCACGCGCUACAUCUCCCAUACAUACUGGCGUAGCGGCGCCCGACUCGACCUCUUCCUCAGAACCUGCGAGUGCACCUGUGACCAACGCUCGACAGCCAAGCGAUACAAAACCUGUAUUGCUUGUUGUCCCAGUGCCGAAGCCACUGUUGAGUACACCCCCAUCUCUGGCACCGAAGAUUUUGCCUGAUCCGCGUCACCGCCAUCCGGAGUUCUGGCACAUGGACGGAUCGAUCGUCCUCCAGGCGGAGAAUAUUUUGUUCAAGCUGCACCGCUCGCGUCUCAUACAACACUCGCCACUGUUUGCCGCUGUCCUAUCCGCGGAAAAAAAGAACAAUAACGACGUUGAAUUUAACUCCACCGACAUUAUCGCCGGUAACGGGGAGUUUCUUGACGGAUGCGCGAUCUUCAAGCUGAUGCAUGUGCUGGCGAGGGAUUUCGAGAACCUUCUUCGAGCACUUGAGCGCGGAUAUGAUUUCGUCGUUAAGCCUCCACCUUUCCCGGUGGUCGCUUCCAUACUCCGUACUGCACAUUCACUUUCCUUUGCGUCUAUCUCGCAGUUCGCGACGCACGUUCUUGAGAACAUGUGGCCAAACGACAUCGCGCGCCUUUCUACGAAGCCCAAGUUGCAUGCCGCCGAGGCGAUUUUGCUUGCACAAGAGUGUAGAGUCUCUAGUGUGCUCAAACACGCAUACUAUGACUUACUUCGGACAAGAGCGUUUGGGGCGAGUAUCCCGACUGUUAACGACGAUAUGUACCUCGAUCAGUCGCCAAGGUCGGACACGUCUCCGAAGGCUCAGUUUUUGUGUUCAGACCAGUUGGUGCUCAUGGUCGUCGUGCGUGAGCGUCUCCAGUCCGAGUGGAUUCACAUCAUGCGUGGACCACCCAAGUUGUCGGCGUGCGCGCUCGAGCGCCGCCCUCCUACGGAACGCGAGCGCGUUGACGGCAUGCGACAGCAACUCGAGCGCUGCAAAACUGCUACAUCUAAAAUGGCACGAGAUUGGAGCAUGCUACUGGCGAAGACGCGCGUAUACGAAAUAGGGUUGUUCGACAUUCUCGGCGGCCUUGAUCUUCUCCUGAACGAGAAUUGGAGAGGUGCAGGAUUCUGCCGAGGCUGCGUUGAAGCGCGAAAGAUAUGGACGGACAAGAAGCGGCAGAUCUGGGAUAACUUAGACGACUGGCUCGGAUUAUCUUCUGCCGAUAACACUUGA